UCGGUAGUUUUCUGUGAGCCUUCGGGGAGCUUGGGUUGGGCAAGUACCUUUCGGCAGUCUCUGUGCCUCCAUUUAUACAUACUCCCGGCAGCGUGGUUACGGAUCGCAUCAAUUCCGUAUCUCUCCUCAUCUGGAAGUCUCGUUUUUGGAGUAGAAUUUCGCAUUUGGUUUGACAUACAACGACCAAAAUGCCAGGCUUCAGUAGUGUUGGAACAUUCAAAAUCUUCAUCGGCAAUUUGGCUGAUAAAACAACAAAUGCAGACAUCAAGCCUCUGUUUGAGAAGUAUGGAAAAGUGGUGGAGUGCGACGUUGUGAAGAACUACGGGUUCGUUCACAUGGAGAAUGAAGAAGCCGGUAGAAACGCAAUUCAAAACUUGAAUAGCCAUUUAGUUCAUGGUCAGCCAAUUAAAUGUGAAGCAGCGAAGAGCCGUAAAGGCCCAAAUACACCGACCACGAAAAUUUUUGUUGGCAAUUUAACUGAUAACACAAAAGCACCACAAGUGCGUGAACUCUUUGCCAAGUAUGGAACCGUCGUCGAGUGUGACAUCGUGCGUAAUUAUGGAUUCGUUCACCUGGAAGCAACGGGCGAUGUGAAUGAUGCUAUUAAAGAAUUGAAUGGCCAAAUUGUUGAUGGAGAACCCAUGAAAGUCCAGAUAUCAACGAGCAGAGUGAGACAGAGACCUGGAAUGGGCGAUCCCGAGCAGUGUUACAGGUGUGGACGAGGGGGACAUUGGUCUAAGGAAUGUCCCAAGGGAGGAAUGGGUGGUGGACCUGAUAGGAAUGGCUUCAGGGAUAGAAUGUUUGGUCGGGAUCCUUACCCACCACCACCUCCACCACCAUUCCUUAGAGACAGACUCAUGAGUGGGAGAGGAUUUGGGGAUUAUGACAAUUACUACGACAGACGAGGUUUCGAUGAUACUAGAGAUCUGUACGAGAGACGAUUCACUGGUAUGUCUGGACCCCGUGACAUGGAUAGCUCCAUGCUUGGCCGUGAUUUCCCCCCAAUGUCAAUGCCACCACUACCCACGAGACGAGACCCAAUGCCACCCAUGCCAACAUUGGGAAUGGGUACCAUGAGAGACAGUGGAUUUUCAAGAGGAAAUGAUUACGGAAUGUUUAGCAGACGUUCUUCACCACCCAGUGGCAAUAACGGACGUUUCAGUAGAGGCAUGUACGAGGACUUCAGCCGAGAUUCUUUUGAGGAGCGUCGUCGAAACAACAUUGUCCGUACAUUGUACAUAUAAAUAUAUAUUUUUUCAUGUCAAAAGCAUGGCUUUUAUGAUACUAGAAUAACUGAAUUCUCAAUGCUCAACAUAUUAGUAUUGAAAAGAAAAAAGUGAUAAUUCAACAUUUUUAUUGAACUGUGAUGAAAGUCUGUGAUAAAAGUAUUGAAUAGGUGUUCUUCUACCUCCUGUUACCUACUGCCGGAAAUUGCCUGGGAUAUUUGAGCUAAAUAUAUAUAUAUAUAGAGUAUAUAUUAUCGUCAAAACCACAUAGAAACUCCACAAUUUGUUUAAAUAUGAAAAUGAGUGAUUUAUAAUUCAUGAAAUAGGUGGCACGUCGCUUCAACUAGGCGACAUUUCAACUACGAAAUUUUCACUGCGACAUUUCAACUUAAAUUUGCAACUACCACAUAUCAAAUCAUUUUUGCGAAAUCAUAGUUUUAACCCUCGAUUGGUCCCCCUCCGUGACGUUAUCCUGAACCCACUAGUUUUUCGGACGCUUUCAAAAGUCAAUUUUUUUUAAAUGAUCCCUAUUAGUAGAAAUAUUUUGACAUCCGAAAAAUCCAAUUCAGUGAUUGCUCUAUUUGAGAUAUUGCAUAAAAACAUUUGAAGCAAAUGAAGAAAAAAUAGCGUAGUUUAAUUUUUUUGGAUGAGGAUACGUUGAUGAUUUAAUUUUGGAGGAUCAUCCAGUAGAAAAUGCUUAGGUAGAGUGUUAUUAUCUUUUUAUAUUCGAAAUCAACUUGGCAGUGUUAAAAAUGAACGGGGUUUUUCAUAUUUUUAUGAUAAGUAGUACAAGUUGAAGUUAUCAGUUGUCGUAGUUGAAAUAUCGGCUAGUUGAAGAGACAUGGAUGCAAUAAAUAUAUUUAUACGUGUGAAUAAAAUCCUGUUUCUCCGUUAACAGACCGGGAAUCCGUGGACCAUCGCCGUCGCGCCGGUUCGCACCAUAUUAAUCCAAAAAAAUGCAAACCGAGGCGGAUAAUAUGAAAAACAAAAUAUUAAAAAACCCUCGUCGUCGCGUCGGAUUCGCCGGAUCGUUGAUCGUUCGUCUUCGUUGCUCCCUCGUCGUCGCCGGGUCACUACGGAAAACACAAACAUGUGUCACUCAUUCGGAUCAAUACAUGACGAAAAUAAGUACAGGAUAGAUCGGAACGUCGAUAUGUUGCCAUUAAUGGGUAUUUCGGGUCGUCUUUGGUCGUCGUCGGAAGCAGCAAGCCCGUCGGGUAUCCCGUGGGACAAACACUUGAGAUAAUUGAACGCAAACGUUUCAUUAUUAUUACAUCGAAUUGAUUAAUUAUCAGAGUCAUUUAAGAUGACUUGGAAAUUCAAUGAUACAGUUCUACGUCGUGGGAGGGAAUUUUUUGUCAAGUGGACCACUCAAAUUUCUCGACGUCCCCGAAGAUUGCAGAAAAAAACUUUAUGAAUUUUUUUAUAUUCAGAAACUUUUUUCUUUUCGUCAGAUAUUAUGAUGAUACCUCCCGAUUUUCUGAGACAUUGCAAAAUUUGAAUAGUUCACUUGAUAAAGAGUUCUUUAUAUACACUAGAACUCUUCUUUUUUAAAACAUUUCCUUAAUAGGUCUCGGGAAUAAUACAACUACUGAAAUGCGGCACAAAAUUGUACCAAUGAAUUUCCAGCCACGAUAACAUGAGGAAUAGCCAUAAAAAUUAUUCAUUUUGUAGAAUUGAAAUUACAAGCUGUAUAAACUUGUAUGUUUUGCGCUGAAUAAUAAAGAAAAAUUCAAUUAUGUGACUAAUGAGGAUCUGAAGAGGAUAAAUGGUUUUACCAAAUCGAGAAAAACGCAAAAAUAUUUUUUUAUUUCCAAAAAUUACUCUCUUCAGAUUAAUCAAUCCAUUCUAUCCAACUUCUAAUUAAAAAACUUUUUUUCCAAGCUAUUCUCCUCACGAGGCGUAAGUGUUUCCGAAUUUCAGUAGUUUUUGACUCUUCUCUUUUUAUUAUCUUUUAUAUUUUGAAAAAUGAAUACAAUCCUUGUACCUCAAAUGGAUUUACUUGCAAUACUGCUGCGCGCCAUGUUGCGUAGUGGAUUGCUUUAGAAAAGAAGAGUUCAAGUGUAUCAAUUAUUUAACAAUUUCGCAUGUGGAGUGAGCAGAUUUCACAAGAUAAUUUUAGACGACUACGAACGACGAUUACACAUGAUAGUUGGAAAUUAAAAGCAUUCACUGAAAAUUCAUGUUUUACACUCGUAUUAUUGUUAUUUUUACAUCAAUGCACGGUACAUUACGGUAUUUGAAAUAUGUGAGACAGUAAUGAUGGUCGUUAGGAAUUUAAAAAACAUGGAUUUUCGAUUGUGUGGUACACUUUCCGGCCCGCCUUCAAAUUUUUUCGGGUUUUUACAUUCGCUAUCGUUGUGCAUGUAAUUAUUGUCAUUUGAGAUUAGAUUCAACCAAUAAAAAACGACCCUUUUUUUACAACAUAUGAAAGAAAGAUCAGCGUGAAAUUUUGUCUUCAGUGCCGUAAAAGCCCGAAAAAAAAAGUAUUUUUCACCAUUAUGCUUAUGAUUAUUAUCAUUAUUAUUAUUAGUAGUAGAAUUAAUAUUAUGAUUGUCCUCAUUAUUAUUAUGGAUUAUUCUUCUCAUUAUUCUUAAUAUUAUUAUACGACUAUCAUGAAAGCUAUGAUCAUUAUGAUUAUACAACAAAAAAAUGACGCGGGAUAAAAGAAAACAAAUGAAAUGACGGUCCGACGAUGAUGGAAUUAAUGAAUUAUUUGAAAUUUACCUCUUACAAUAAUGUAACUUUUAUUAAUACUUAGGAUUAAUCAACUUGAUGGAAAUACGAAAUACAAAAACAAUUUGUCGGAGAAAUAACUCUGAAAUGAUGUAAUGAUUAUUAUGUUUGUAAUUAUUAGUUUCCCAAUUUUGUUUCCAAUCUUAUUCCACUCUUUUAUCAUUUCCUCGUCUACUGAUGUAGUUUUAACUCUUACAAUAUUAAAUGCCAGUUUUGUUUAAUAUGAACUUGUGGAAAGCAAUGGUUCGUGGAAAAUCAGAUUGUGAUUUCAUGAAUAUUCAGUUAAUGAUGGAACGAAUUAAAUAAAAAAUACAAGUCGCUCUCGAUAUUUAUGCACAACCAGGCAUUUGACACUGACAUUGUAAUGAUUAUGGAUUAUCCAAAGGGGAUUUAUCAGAUAUCUGCAGAUUUCAAUUGCUGCAGUCAUCAACAUAACGGUGAAGGAUUCUAUGUGUCAACGUAGAUUGUCGACUGCGGAGGAUUUAAUUGUUGAACGUUUGUAUUUUUUGUCCUGGAUGAAUUCAAUAAAAUUUAAGAAUACAAAAGUGAA